UUGUCCCUACAAGAAAAUACCAAGGAAAAUGAACUACAAGAAAUUAGGAGGAUGCAGGAAAAUGAGAGGAUUUAUGUGCCAGCCUCAAGUGUCAACUGCAGUGUGUUUGAGUUGUGAUUCAAGGUCAGUUGUCGUGCCUGCGGCGCGACGUAGAAUGUCGAUGGAAGAACAUACAAAAUUAAUCAACAAGUGUACGAGAUUAGGUGAUGUACCUCGUACACUUGGUUCAAUGCCUAUAAGUAAGAGAUCAAGAAAUGUUGUUGCUGCUGCUGGUUCCUCUGUUUUGACAAUUUCUAAGAGAGAUCAAGAAAAUGGUUGCAAAAUUGUUCCUUCAAUACCCUUUACAGAUAACUCCUUCCAGGUUGUUGUGAUGAGAGUGUCACUUCAUUGUCAAGGCUGUGCUGGUAAAGUGAAGAAACAUAUCUCCAAGAUGGAAGGGGUGACAUCUUUCAGCAUAGAGUUGGAUAGCCAAAGAGUAACAGUGAUGGGACACGUGUCACCAGUUGGUGUGUUGGAAAGCAUAUCAAAAGUGAAAAGAGCUGAAUUUUGGCCUCUAAAUAGUUGUUGAAGAAGAGAAAUGGCCAUUACCUAAAAGUGACCACAAAAAAUAUUGUGUUUUUCAUUUACAUGAACAAGAAAGAGUGAGAGAGACUUAUUACAGAAAUAGCCAAAAAGUGUUUUUGGCAUUUGGUUUCUAUUUAGGUAGAAUUCUGUUUUAAAUCCUACGGUUUUAUCAACAUUCAUAAAAAAAUGUCU